GCCAUUGUGAACGAGAUAGGGGCAGAUAGAGUUGGAAUAAGACUAUCUCCAUUUGCCGAGUUCAACGAUGCGAAAGACACUAAUCCGGAAGAGCUAGGGCUUUACAUGGCGAAAUCCUUGAACAAGUAUGGGAUCCUCUACUGCCACAUGGUCGAGCCAAGGAUGACGAUGACUCUAGAUGUAAGCAAGACCGACCUUAGUCUUGUGCCAAUGAGGAAGGCUUUCAAAGGUACCUUCAUUGUUGCGGGAGGUUACACCAGAGAUGACGGGAACAAAGCAGUUGCUGAAAAUCACGCUGAUCUCAUUGCUUAUGGACGUUUGUUCUUGGCUAAUCCGGAUUUACCAAAGAGAUUUGAGCUUGAUGCGCCUCUAAAUAAGUAUAAUAGAAACACAUUUUAUACACCAGAUCCUAUCAUCGGUUACACUGAUUACCCAUUUCUCACGAACACUAUCUAAGUACUUGAUAGUUGGUGCGUAUAAUGUGUAAGGUCCUUGAGGGAGGAUUUAUUUUAAAUUGUACUUUUUUUCGUUUUAUAAAAUUAUUCUAUUGUAAGAUUUAUAUUUCAUUAUGGCUUUCAGUUAAAAAUCAAU